CACACCAUGGCAGCGGCGGGCGAUUGCAAGGCCGUGAGUCCCGAAUUACGGUUGCUGGCGACGUCGGAAGGCGGCGGGCUCGGUGCCGAGUGGUCGCGCUCGGCCAACGGCGCGACGAGUAACUGGGUUCUUGCCCGCACUACAAAGGGAUACUUCGUGCUUGGACCCAAAGUGCUGGCCAAAAGCGACCGCAUCUGCGUGCUCUGGGGGGCAAAAUGUGCUUUUGCCUGCGGCCCCUUGACCAAGGCAGAUUCCUGCUCGUGGGAGAGUGCUAUGUGCACGGGCUGAUGAGUGGGGAGGCUGUCCGUCAAUUGGAGGGGAAUGAGCUGCAGGAAGACGAGUUUGUGCUGGUCUGAUUGAGUGCCACGGGAGAGACGCGGUUGGUGCGGUUAGCUCCGCACGCACCUUGGCCAGAUUCCUCCCUCCCACCGAGGCACCGGCUCGCCACAAAACUCACCUCGCAAGCCGGUGGGG